AAUUCGACGGUGUUAUUAAACUAGUGGAAAUAUAUUAGUACACACAAAGGUUAUCGGACACACACGGCCGGGCCAAACGCACAGCGCAGAUGGGCGGAUGGACUACCGCGGCUAGCAGGGAUGCGUGCAGUCAUGUUGGCGCGCCCGUAGGAUGAGCACUUGUCCAGAAGAGCAUAUCCAGUAGCCGCCGCCGCCGCCGUAGUUUUCCGGGCAAUUUAGUUUUCACAUUUUUUUCCAUUUCAAGUAUUUUUUUUUUUUGUUUAAUUUGAUUUUUAAACACCAAAAAGAGAUGGACGGACGCGCAUCAAAUGAUACGGAAUUAAAACAAAACGGCUCGACUCAGACAGCCACCGCGGAUAACGGUGAAGCGAUUCCUGGGUGUAAAUCGAAAAAUUCAACAACAGAGUGUAAAAAAUCCGGGUAUAUGGUGACACUAAUGCAUUUUAUAAAAGGCAACAUUGGAUGUGGAAUGUUGGCUAUGGGUGAAGCUUUCAAAUGUGGUGGUCUAUACGUGACUUUCUGCAUGUUACUAUACGUUUGGAUCAUCUGUGUAUAUAAUAUGCAUUUAUUAACUUCCAUAAGUAAACAAAUCCAAAUACGAAUGCAAUCGAAACGUCUUCCGACAUUUGGAGAAACAGUGGAAAACGCAUUUAAGAUGUCAGACAAAUGGGUGUUCAGAAGUUUAACGAAAUGUAUCAGAAAGAUAGUUUUGUACAACAUACUUAUCACUCAACUCGGUCUAUGCAGCGUUUACAUUGUAUUCAUCACGACAUCAUUGCGAAAGUUGCUGAUCGAGUAUGAAUACGAUAUCAAUUUCCAUAAUGUACUGGUACUGACGAUGCCUCUGAUAUUAGGGUGUGCUAGUUUGAGACAGCUCAGAUUUAUAGCACCAUUAUCCACAGUGGCGAAUUUUGCAUUAAUAACUGGAGUGUUCACUAUAAUGUACUAUAGCUGUAGAGAUCUAAACCUGGAAGAUCGAAGGUACUCUUAUGGCAAACUAUCUGACUUGCCAAUGAUGUUCGGUAUAAUCAUGUUCAGUUUUGAAGGCAUUGGUCUGGUGCUGCCUCUUUUUUCCGAGAUAAAAUAUGAUAAGUCGUUCACGUCAAGUUUUGGUGUUCUUAACUUGGGAAUGCUGGCAGUGAUGCUACUAAACGUACCUUUAGGAAUGACCGGCUAUAUGAAAUGGGGCGAUGAUGUCAAGAGCAGUUUGACGUUGAACUUACCCUAUGAUGACAAAAUUACACAAUUUGUUAUCCUCAUGAUGAUAUUGGGCAUUGCUUGUUCCUACGCACUGCAAUUCUAUCCUGCCGCUAUUAUUGUGUACAGUGAAGUGGAACAGAGUUAUGGACCUUUUGACAAUCCAGCACGAUGGGAUUAUGGUAUUAGAAUUUUGGUGUGUCUGGCCACGUUUUUGGCUGCUGGUACGGUACCGCAUUUGGAUUUGUUCAUGUCUCUGGUCGGCUCGAUAACGUGCGUGGCACUGACCCUGGCGUUUCCUGCUUUGUCCAACAUGGCAUUUAGGAAAAAAUGCAAAGGCUCCUUGUGGAAACCCGCCAUUGACUGGAUAACCAUAAGUACAUCUUUGGCGGGAUUCCUCACCGGCACCUACACCAACUCGAUAGCCAUUUACCAAGCGUUCUUACAAACCCACAGCAACGGCUAGACGCUUGCCCUGAUAGUUUUUCGUCCAACGGCGUUUAGAUUUGGCCUCUGCCACAAUCACUAUACUUGUUACCUUUUAUGAUUUUAUUUAAAAUUAAUUAUACUAAUGAUUCCCGAGGGAGAUACACCGUACAACGGCCGUGUUGUUAGAUUGGCUCAUCAUACACAGGAGUCCAUCGAGGGUUGUCCAGACCCUUUUUCUGAAAAACACCCCCAUAGCGUCGCCGCCGUGCUCUUCAGUAUUACCAUUGGUGUUUUUAUGUGAUUCCCACUUAUUAGUCCCCCAUUUUGUGUUAUUUGUAUGACAAAAACAAAACUAUUAAGUGUUUACAUAUUUUAUGAUAAGCUAAGUAUUUUUUUUUAUUUGUUUAUUAUAUCGGAUAAAUUACCACCAAGUUAGUAAUCAAAUGUAUACUUAUUUUGUAAUGAAAUUUUACAUAAUAAAAAUCUAUUGUUUUUAGUCAACACAUUGUUACACAGUCAUAUAUUAU